UGCUGAUAGCGUCCGCUAGUGACACGACAGUGGCACCGCUAGCCUUUCACCGGACUUUCGGACUUGGACCAUGCCUAUGGUCGAUUCCUGUGCCAUGCUCCCACAGCUGCUGUUGCUCUUGCGCUGCCUCUCACUGACUGUUGCCCAGUACAACAGCUGCAAGUCGCUGGUUAGUACGGACGAUGGCCCGACAUGGGAGUACUACGCUUGCCAACCCAGACCCAUGGCCAUGAAGCAGUUCAUGCAGAUCAGAGUAGACCCGGAGAACAUCACUUGCGGAGCCCCGCCCGAGAGGUUCUGCACGCUGGAGAACCCUUACAUGUGCAGUGACGAGUGUGACGCGUCCACCCCGGAGUUGGCCCACCCCCCUAACCUGAUGGCCGACUCGGAGGUCAGCGGACCAAUCACCUACUGGCAGACGGUCACCUGGAGUCGCUUCCCGACGCCCCUGCUGGCCAACAUCUCCCUCUCCUGGAACAAGAGCCUGGAGCUGACCGACGACGUCCUGGUCACCUUCGAGUACGGCCGGCCCACCAUCAUGGUGCUGGACAAGUCCCUGGACAAAGGCCGCAACUGGCAGCCGUACCAGUUCUACGCCGACGACUGCCUGGAGGCGUUCGGCAUGCCGCCCAAGAGGGUGUCGGACCUGUCGGCCACCAACGUGACGCGGGUCAUCUGCACGGAGCAGUACUCGCGCUGGGUGGGCUCCAAGAACGAGAAGAACGUGCGCUUCGAGGUGCGCGACCGCUUCGCCAUCUUCGCCGGGCCGGGGCUGCGGAACAUGGACAACCUGUACACGCGCAUGGAGAGCAUGAAGGGCCUGCGCGACUUCUUCACCUUCACCGACCUGCGGCUGCGCCUGCUGCGCCCAGCGCUCGGAGGCACCUACGUCCAGCGGGACAACCUGCUCAAGUACUUCUACGCCAUCUCCAACAUCGAGGUGCCCGCCAGGUGCAAGUGUAACCUGCACGCUGAGCAGUGCAGCAGCAAAGAGGGCACUCUGCAGUGUGAGUGUGAGCACAACACCACUGGGCAGGACUGCGCCCGCUGUGAGAAGGCCUUCAAGGCCAAGUCCUGGAAGCCUGGCUCCUACCUGCCCACACCCAACGGAUCACCCAACACCUGUGAAGCGGCUGGUUCACUUGGCAACUGCGAGUGCUACGGCCACUCAAAUCGCUGCAGCUACAUCGAUUUCAUCAACAUUGUGACGUGCGUCAGCUGCAAACACAACACUAGGGGGCAGAACUGCCAGCACUGUCGCCUGGGAUACUACCGCAACGGCUCGGCUGAUCUGGACGAUGAGAACGUUUGCAUAGAAUGCAACUGCAACCAGCUGGGCUCGCUGCAUGCCCGCUGUAACGAGACGGGCUUCUGCCAGUGUAAAGAGGGCACCAUGGGGCAGAAGUGCGAGGACUGCGUGCCUGGCUUCACCUGGAAACAGGGCUGCAUCCCUAACGUGUGCGACGACGUGAUGCUGGUGUGCCAGAACGGCGGCACGUGCGUGCAGAACCAGAAGUGUGUGUGCCCGCCGGAGUUCAGGGGCGUGCUGUGUGAGCAGGAGCGCUGCACGGGCAAGAAGGGCUGCGACGGCGCCGCGUCCUGCUCCCUCAGCCUGGCCGCCGCGCUCUUCUGCCUGCUGCUCCACGGCCUGCUGCUGAGGCUGCCCGCCUGAGGGGGGCGCUGUGCUGCGCUGCGCCACGCCGCGCCGACCCCAACACACACACCAACACCUCCACCAAUACUACUACUACUACUACUACUACUACUACUACUUCUACUACUU